AUGUGGACAACUGGACCCCCUCUCAUACCCUACACACUUGGGCCCCCUCUCUCCUCACACUGGGACCCCCUCUACACUCCCUACAAACGGGCCCCUCUACCUCCCUCACAACUAGGGGCUAUCCUUCCUACCAAGCACACUCGGAUCACCCCUCUCCCUAACCCCAAAAAAAAAACAGGCAGGCACCAGUCACGCUCUACACUGAGGGACCCUUUAUCUAUAAACUUCGCCUCCCCACUGGACUCCUCUACUACCUACACACCGGACCCCCUCUACUUCCCUCACACUGGCCCCCCCUCUAUCCCCAGACACUCGAACCCCCCGCUCCCUCACACGGGACCCCCGCCUCUCCCUCCACACUGGACCCCCCCCGCUACCCAUCCACAACUGGACCCCCUCACUGCAUCCCUCCAUCACUGGCGACCCCUCUCCCGUUCUCACACUGCGACCCCGCCUCUCUCUCCACAUCGCGACCCUAACCUCUCCCUUCACACUGGACCCCCCCGUACGCCCUGUCACAACUGGACCCCCGCUUCGCUUACCGCAUACACAGGCCACCCCCUCUCUCCCAUCACACUGGACCCCCUCUCUAGGUCCGUCCCACUCGCACCCCCACUCAUCCCUCUCACACAGGGAGACCCCCUCGCAUCCCUCCACACCUGGACCCCCCUCUCCCGCACACUAGGUCACCCCCUCGACCCCCACACUGAAAAAGUACCCCCUCUCCUCUCACACCCGACCGGAGACCCCCUCUCUUACCCCCCCCCACACUGUGCCCCCCUCUGUCUCCCCCACACUCCGACCCCCUCCUCUCCCCUUCACACUCGAACCCCCCCCCUCACCUCGACACUGGGACCCCCUCUCUCGCCCUCACACAAUAGGGGCCUCCCUGCUCGCCCUCACACUGGACCACCCUCUACAUCACUACUUAACACUGGGCCCCUCUCUCUACUCUACAAUACGGGCCCCCCCUCUCCCGCACACGGGACCUCCCUCUCCUCCCUCACACUGGGACCCCCUCCCUCUCCCUCACACAGGGACCCCUCGCUCCCUCACACGAGCUGGAUCCCUACUCGCUACCACACUAGACUCGGACCCCCCGACAUCCCUACACACUGGGACCCCUCUCUCAUCCCUCUACACUGGCCCCCCUCUCCCUCACGACUGGGACCCCACCUCUCUCCCACCCUCAACGAACAUGGUACCCCUCUCGCCCUCGCACCACAAGAGAGCGCCCCUCACUCUAUCUCAAACUCACACUGGACCCCCUCUCUCUUCCGCACACCUCAAGGACCCCCCAUCGCCCUCACACUGGACCCCCAUCUCUCCCCCACACUAGUGUACCCCGCUACUGCCCUCACACAUGGGUCCCCGCUCUCCCUAUCCACACUGGGGCCCCCUCUUGACUCCCUCACGACGACCCCCUCUCCCCGACCGCACACAUGGAACCCCCUCUCUCUCCUCACACUCGAGACCCCCCUAACUCUACCCUCACACUCGGGCCCCCUCCUCUCCUCACACUGGGGCCCCUCGUCUCCCUCACAACUGGGGACCCCCCUCUACGCCUACACACUGGGACACCCUCUCUCCUCCGCACACUGGGACCCACUCUCCUACCCUACACACUGGGACCCCCCAGAAAACUUCGCACUCACAACCCGGCACCCCCUGUCUACUAUCCUCACACCGGGGCCCCCCUCUCGAUUCUCGCACACUGGACUCCCCGCUUCGUCCGCAAGCUGGACCCCCUCGCUCCUCAGAACACAGGACCCCCCUCGCCCGCACACAUGGGAUCCCCCUCUUCCCUCACACUGGACCCCCCUCUCUCGCCUCCACUACACAUCUGGAAUCCCUCCUCUCUCUCGCAUCAGUCACAUGGACCCCUCUCCAUUCCCUCACACUGGCCCCCCUCUCGCCCUCACACUGGAAGACCCCACCCUCUCUCCCACACACUGGAACCCCAUCUCCAGACCAUCUCUCCCUCACCACUGGAACCCCCUCUCGCCUCACUCACACUGGGCCCCCUCUCUCCGCUCCCUUCAACUGGAACCCCCACUCUCUCCUCACACUGGGACCCCCUCUCUUCCCUCACCACUGGACCGCCCUCUCCCUCACAACUUGGAAACCCCUCGCUCCUCCACACAGAGAGAACACUCCUCUACUCCCGCACACUGGAGACCCCCUCUCUCCCGCUACUCAACACCGGACCACCCUCGCGCUCACCUCACUACACUGGACCAUCCCGCUCAUCCCUCUCACCGAACCGAGCCCCCUCGUCGCACCAGUCACAGACGCCGGACCCCCCCCUCUCCCCAACACUGUACCCACCUCUUUGUGUCAUCUCCAACUGCGCCCCUCAUCUCAUCACACGAUCACGACUCGGACCCCCCUCCUCUCCUCUCUCACACUGGCCCCCUCAGUCUCUCCUCACACUGGACCCCCUCUCUCCCUCACACCCGGCCCCCUCUCUCCCUCCCACACUCGGACACCCUCGCUCUCCUCACUCAACAUGGGGCCGACUCGCUCUCCCUGCACACUGGACACACCCCCUCUCUCCUCACACCGGCCCCCUCUCUCCCACACACACUCGACCCCCCUCUCCCUCACAUGCGCCCGUCUCGUCGCUCACACUGGGCCCCGCUCUCCCUCACACUGGGCCCCCUCUCUCCCUCACACUGGCCCCCUCUCUCCCUCACAACUGGACCCCUCUCUCCCUCAAACGGAAACCCCCGCUCUCCCCCACACUGGACCACCCCUCUCUCCACUCACACUGGGCCCCCUCUCUCCCUCACACUGGACCCCCACUCUCUCCCCCACACUCGCCACCACCCUCUCUCCCUCAUCACUGGACCCCCUCUCUCUCCCUCAACCUGA